AUGCUGCCGAACAUUUUGUUAUUUGAUUCUGUGCCUCACAGUGUCUUUUAUUUAGUUAUGUUCCCAACAGGACUCGCACUGAUCAAUGUGAUCAAAUCAGAAUCAACACCAGCUACUGAAAAAAGUCAUCUGAAAAUGAAGGAUUACGAGAAAUAUAACCGAGCAUUUGCUUUUGCAAUCGCAACAAACGCCACUGUGAUAAUAGCAUGUGCUGUUGUCGUACCAUUCACAAUCAGUGAAAUUGUACAAAUGAAGCACGAAAUUCUUGCCGGUGUCAAACAUUUUCAUAGACGACUAGAUCAUAUCGAGCAUGAUUUGCCGCAGAAUGGCAACUCAUUUGUGGACAGUAGCGAAAGAACUCAGCGAGCGGUUAAGAUUUCCCAGCUACUCCAGGAUCACGAACGAAGUGAAAUUCUUUAAUCAGUGCAACGGCAUAGGCCAGAGAACGAGCAGCAUCUGGCAGAUCAGAUCCCAAGACAAACCCCUGGCCGAAUAAUGCUACCACCGAUCAGCACGACUCCAGCUAGUAGUGAUCUGAUUAUCGGAGAACAAACAGUAUUUCGAAAAAUACGGUGUAAAUUGCAACUGAAUGAGAAAUGUCCACGUGGAGCACCAGGACCUCCAGGAGUGGAUGGUGAGCAAGGAGAAAAUGGAAUACCAGGUAUGCCAGGCAAACCGGGUGCUGCUUAUGACGCAAGUCCUGGCGAUUCAAUGAAUCCAGUUUGCAUUGUAUGCCCAGCAGGCACUGGCCCACCGGGCGCACCAGGAAAACCAGGCCCGCGAGGCCCGCCAGGGCCAGAUGGCAUCCCAGGAUUAUUUACCGGGCCUCCAGGCCCGCCGGGAGAAGUUGGGUACGCAGGACUAGAU